AUGGCUGAUCGCAGUGAGUCUCUGGGGAUAUCCCCCAUCCCUGUAGAAAGUAACGAUGAUGAGGAUGACGACGGCUACUCCUCAGGUCAGUUUCGCCUCAUUGCCCGCCGCAUGAGCCGUGCGCUGCUGCGACACCCACAGUUAGCGUUGUUUUCUAGCAACCCACAUGCCAUGUAUGAGGCUCUACAUGAAUUUUUUGCGCAGUGGUCCGCUCGCCAGCAGCGUGCGUCGUCUCUUAGUAUCACAGUGGGACAGGUGACGAAACUGCUGCAGUACGGCGAGUCCACUAUACGAAGAGUGAGUCUGGCAGGUUCUGUGCUCGCGCGGGCGCACACGGCCGCGGAACUUAUUGCUGCCUCCCCUCUCAUCACCAUGGAGGCUCUGAAGCAAGAGCUGCAGGGCCUGGGGGUGCGAGCGGGGAUGUUGCCUCUCGCGGAGAUUGUGGAACUCGCACGCGUGAUUGACGAUGCGCAGGGCCUUGCAACACCUUUUGGUGCACUCAACCUUGUGCACGUCGUGUCCCUUAGCGCGGCCCUGUGUCCGGCGCCGGACAUGGGAACCCUCCUGCUGACGGUGUCCACCAGCCUUCACCACCGCCUGUUGUGUGCCGCUGUUUUCUACGAGUGGGCCUUGAUUGAUGUUUCGAACAGCAACGCUCUGCGGGAGUUGUCACGAAGGGUGGAGGAGGCGCCGUCUGAUGACGCAAUCGGGGACGUCGUGAGAUCCCUACUUAAGGGGAGCUUUGAGGGCCUUGGAAGUCAGUCCACGGAUCCUGCGGUAACUGAUACUCACGCCGAGGUCAUUGCUUCGUCCCCUGACGCUGUUGCGUCAUCCGCCCCCUGCGUUUGCCCCCAACGUAAUGGGGAAACGUCCCCUGCCACACCGCACGACGAUGGCAACGACGCCGGUGAGUCUGACGCGGAGGAAAUCGACGGUGGGGUGACUGACACGGUGGAUGUGGAGUUUUGGCGUCGACUUUGCAAUUGA